AUGGCGGCGCCAGCUAACAACCCCUUCGGGGCACCCCCAACCCAGGUUCACAAUCCCUUUGGAGCACCUCCCUCUGCUGGCCCGUCUGCUCCCCCGUUCAACCCAAUCUUUAGCGCUCCAGCUCCGACGGUGAAUCCCUUUGCCGCUGCGACUUCUGCGCAGGUGAAUCCUUUUGGGGCCCCAGCGCCGCCUGGUACCGCCAACAACGCGCCAUCUGCGGCAGUCCCGUUCGGAGCGCCGACCGGGCCCAAGGCCACUUUUGGCAACGUAGCUGGGAAUCGCCAACAGUCACCAGGCGUGCAGAACAAGCCGUUCCCGGCAGGACCCGCGAAUAAUAACAGACUUGCGGCUCCCUUGGUACGGCAGGCAAACAAGCGAAGUCCGUCACCACUAGCCACGCAACCACCACAUACGGCGGCGGCGGCGGCUUUUCAGUCCAGCGAUUCGAACGCGAUGGGUCACCGGAAUAAGUUUGCGGGCAACAAGCAGCCUGCGGCUGCGGUGACAAAUGGCGGGGGUUUUGCGGGACGAGGAGGCCCGGCUAUUAACGGCGGUCUUGGAGGACGAGGGGGACAUGCCCCAGGGCCGCAGCAUGCUGCGCCGACGGCGCCAACGACGGCUGCUUCUAACCCCUUUGCGAAGCAGCCAUUUUCCCAAGGCCCAACGAGCAACACGACACGACCGCAGCGGGGUGGCAAGGGCAGGCAAGCUGGACGCCAGGAGCGUUACCAGCCGACUCCGAGUCAACCCGGCGGCCACAAGACCUCGGAUCGGGGCCCGAGCGAGCGGACCAAGCAGCUGUCGAACUUUGCCUUCAACUAUGCGAACAGGCUAUACGACCACCUCAACAAGGAAAACCUCCAUCCACCCAAGUGGCAUGCCGAUCCAGGGGAUCCCAGCAAGCGUGCGGCUAUCGACAACCUGAAGGAACAAUACAAAAAGUACCGCACCCGCGUGUAUGCGACGCUGAGGAAAGCUGAUCUGAUCGAUGACCCGGACAAGAGGCGGAAGCUCGAGGAUGCCCUUCCGUUCAAGGGGAUAUGCGAGUCCAUGUGCCCGGAGUUCGAGCAGGUAUCUCGAAUCGCCGAGUACGAUGUCAAGUCGGAGGAGAAGGAGAUGCGUCCGGAUGGGGUGACCAUGUGGCCAGACACGGCCCGGAUGGUCAAGAAGUUCGGCCGCUCCGCUGCGGGCCAGGAUGCGCCGCUACCGAUGGAUGUCCGAUCUAUUGAUGCUCUGCGAAGAACGACCGACUACUUGUUCAACGACAUGCUCCAGUCCGAGAGCAACCUCCCGGCGAUGCAUAACUUCUUAUGGGACCGGACACGAGCGGUGCGCAAGGAUUUCACCUUUCACUCCCAGAAGUCAUCGGAGGAAAUGAAAGAUGUGGUCUACUGCUUUGAGACGAUCGCUCGGUUUCACGCCACAGCGCUGCACCUGCUGUCACGGAAGGGGUUUGCCAACGAGGACUUUGACCAGAAGCAGGAGAUUGAGCAGCUAGGCAGGACCAUCCUGUCGCUCAUUGAAGCAUACGACGUGUGCCGCGACAAGGGUUUCCACUGCGACAACGAGCCAGAGUUCAGGGCCUACUACCUGCUCCUGAAUGCGCACGAUCCAUCCAUAGCAAGGAGGAUCCCAACAUGGGGCAAGGAGUACUGGUUCGAUUCGGAAGAGAUGCAGACAGCACUGUCCCUGAUUCAGGCCAUGGACGACGUGCGAGAGCCCAAAGGUCCCAUCAAGCCACGGGUUGCGACGACGUUGUCCGACACGUCUUUUACCAACUACUUCUCCAUCGUCGAGGACGUGCGGGUGUCGUACACCAUGGCCUGCAUCGCCGAAGUCCACUUCACCAGCGUGCGCCAGGGCAUCCUCAAGAACCUGGUGCGUGGCUAUGCCCGGCACCGCGAUGCGCCCCGGACCAUCACGGCCGCAGACCUCAACGCGAUGCUGCGCUUCGACACCCCCGAGGAGGCCGUCGAGUUUGCCGAGUUGCACAACUUUGAGUUUUCCACCUGGGUGCCCGAGGGGAAGAACCCAGUGUCGGAGCCGUACCUGCUUAUCAACAAUAAGAAGAAGCCGGUGCCGUCUCCGCGGGUGCGGCAGUCGUUUUCAGGGAGCGUGGUCGAGCGGAAGCGCACGACGCAGUCGCUGCCUUAUGUGAUUUAUAACACCAUCUUUGAGGAGGAGUCGGGCAGAGGGGCCUCGACAGCAGCUGGAGCAGCAGCGACGGCAACCGCUAAGGAGGGCGAUGAUCAGUUGUUUGUUCCGCGUGCUCAGGCGUCUGAGAAUCUGUCAAUGGCCAGUGAAGCAUUAACGACGCCGACCAUGACCCCGCCUGCGUUUGGGACCGCAGCCGCUUCUCCCUUUGGCACUGCAACCCCGUCGUCCUUUGGCGCAGCAGCUUCGAAUUCACCCUUCAGCGCCGGUGUCCCGUCAACAGCUACAGCCACGGCAGCGUCAACACCUGCGUUCCCGGGCUUUGCGCCGAAAGCACCGGCAACGCCGUCCAAUAAUCCCUUUGGAGCUCCGCCUGCGUCGCAGACGUUGCCAGGACAAACCCCAUUUCCGACAUUUAACCAACCCGCCGCUUCGACGACCACGUCACAACCUGCUCCGGCUGCACCGUUCUUUUCUCAGCCCGGCCAGACAGCAGCAGCGGCAGCAACACCAGCUGCAGCUAGCCCCUUCGCGGCAACCAACCCAGCAGGAAUGCCAGCUGCUUCAACGCCCUCCUUCUUUGGGCAAACCGCCGGUACCCAGACACCCGCAGCCCAACCGCCUGCCCCCCUAUUCCCGAGCAGUACGGUUUUCAAGCCAUCCGCAGCAUCAACACCAGGCCAGACUACCGCGCCUGUGUCCGUCGCCGAGCCUGCACCCACGACGACUCCUGCCUUCCCAACGUCCACCCUCGGCUCGGCUACGCCUAGCGGCGGGGCGCCUCUCUUUCCAACGACGACGACACCUGCACUGUUGGCAACGCAGCAACCAACCUCGACCACGCCCGCGAUUCCGGCCGUCCAAGUCUUCCCGCCCUCUUCCGCGGCCUCGACCACCCCAUCUUCCAUCAUUCUUAACUCACAGUCACAGCCUCCUACAUCGACUCCUUCGUUCCCGGCGCUUGGGUUGAAUAAGCCGUUCCAGCCGGCCUCGACACCGGCUGUUCUCACUCCUCCUGCACCACCACCGCCGCCGCCGCCGCCGCCCAAGAAAGACCUACUGGGUGAUUUCACCAAGUGGUAUGUGACCGGCGACGACGGUUUGUUUGAGCAGUUUACCGAAGAAAUCCUGCGGCACAUGCUGUGGGAUGUCUGGGAGGACUUUGGGCGCGAAGAGGCGGAACGGAAACGACGGGAGGAAGACGAAGAAUCGUGGCGGCAAGCCCGGGAAUACCAGACCUACCGGCUGCGCAUCAAGUACCUCUACCGCUGGCGCAACAUCGCCCGGUCGCUCGCCACAAGGCGCAUCCUCCGCGAGGGCAAAGAGAAGCUGCGCCUUCAUCGCGAGCAAGAAAAGAUCGCCUACAAGCGUUUGCAGGAACGACAGGAGAAAGCCGACCGCGAGGCACGCCGCGCUGCGAAGAGACGGCUCUGGGAAGAUACCAACCGUCUUAGUCAACUCGCUUCGUCCGGGUCUGCUGCUUCUGCUUCGGCGGCCGCUAUCAACGCCCGUCGACGCGGCAGUGUCGCCUUCAGCGCUGACGACCACAGCCACGCCGAGGAACAGCUCAUCGCUAGCGGGAUCCUCACGCAUCUCCGCGACGACCCGCGGUCUAUCGCCCGCCGUGUGGUGCAGGGCUCUAGGGCCGUUAACAACCACAACAACAGUACCAUCGACGACAUGGCCAGCGCGACGCGCUCCUACCGAUACCCGGAAUCGGAACUGGAACUGGAGCCCGCGCCGUCAGAUACGAGCAGUGUGGUAGGCGGUGGCGGUGGCGAGAAGCGCGAAGGGUGGAAGACGCGCUCGCUGAGGGAGAAAUUUGGGCUGGAGCCGCGGAGGAGUCUGUCGGCGAGCGGGUCGGUGGCGAAUGGGAGUAGGAAUGGGGAUGGGAUCAUGCCGCCUGGCAGCCUGAACCGGAACCACCGUGGCUCCUUCUCGUCUUCUACGGCUGCGGCCGGGUCAUCACGGUUCCGACAGUCGCUUCCACCCGGAAGCGGGACGAUGACGCGGACGACCAACUUUUCGCGGAAGAGGUCGGCCGAAGAAGAAUCGGAUGAGGAACCUGGCGCGAAACGGCUAGCCGGUGCUACUGGUGGUCAUGGUGGUGGUCCCUCUGGGUUUUCCAAAUCAACACACUGGGACCUGCGCGCCCGCGGGUUUGUGCCCAUGCCCGAUGGGAACUGGGUCCCCGAGGCCAUGGCCAAGUCAAGCAGUAACCGGCAGUUCUCUACUACAUCCUCUUCUUCGCCUGAUCAGCAUAUCUACACCGACCAGAAUGACAACAACGACACCGCUGUUGUCCUCCCUGACGAUGACGAUCAAGACCAAGACAUCGAAAUGGCCAGCGUCGCCAGCGGAACUGGCCGCGGAACCAGCCGUGCCGGCUCGCCCACGCCCUCGGCAUACUUACAGAUGCGACUGCGGCUGGCCAGACUGCGACAGGAUCACCACCAGGCGCAGCCGGGCUCGUCCUCGCGCGAACACAGCCGGAGUCGAUACGGCGGUGUUGGCUCGCGGCAUAGUGUCGAUCCACAUUUACCUUUGCCUACGGGGUCGUUCGUUGAUCACCAUUCCCACUACCGCUUGGGAGAUCGUGCUGGUGCUGGUGCCGGUGGUGAUACUGCGUUAGAUGGUCUGGAUGUUAUUAUUCCCGGCAGUGGCGUCGGUGCAAAUGACACCGCGAUCCAACGCGGGAGAAGUGUGAGCGUGGCGAGCAGAAGGAGUAUUGGGAGUAUUGGGAGUAGCAUGGGCAGCGGGGUUACGCCUGGUCGGGCGGAAACGGCGGCGAUGGUGGAGAAUACGAAGAGGAUGUUGAGGGAGUUGAGGGAGACUAUGGAUCGGGCGGAUCAGGCGGAGCGGGAGGGGAAUUCUAUGGUUGGGUGA